GUCGCUCUUUCACCGUCACAGACGUUUCGUGCGCGCAGAAGAAGCAGGACAUCUGUAAUCUCGCUAUCGCAUUGUCGCAUCAUCUCGAAAUCACGAUGAUUGCGCGAGAUUAAAGGGACUAAAACUAUUUUGUAAAACUGCUAGACUUGACUUUAAUUGUUUUUGACCGUGACUGCUUCGCUUAAUUUUUUAAUGUGGUUUUGAAAUUUUUAAUAAGCACCUCUGUGAAACGUGAUUAUCUAAUUUUAAAAACCACAAAUUUGAUGGAUUUAUAAAAAUGUGAUAGAGUUUCGUGAAUUUCUGUAUCUUUAUCAAACUUAUCAUAAAGCAAAUAAAUUUUAAAAAAGCAUCUCUAUUUCUAUUUUUUUACAGUUGAAUAUCUUACUUGUCUUGUAAACAUAAACUGAUUUUAUAGUAAGUAAUUAAUCUGUAGUAAAUAAUUUAACGCUCGUUAUAUUUUUGUGGGAUGUUGGAAUAAUUCGUGUGCGACGAGAAAUAAUUGCAAUUUGAUAUUCUGUGCCAAAUUGCAAAUUUUACAAAUCUAUUUAAUCAAGUUCCUGAAUUCUAAAUGACGAAAAAGUGUUAUGGUGUCGAUGGCAUCAACAUAUAAAAUCUAUCGAAUGUGAAUAUCUGACUGAUGAUUUUUGCUUGAAAACUCGAGGCGCAAUGGAUUCGACGGAUAAUCGGCGAACGUUCGAUUUGGUCGAUUCGAUAGUAUUCAUCGGAAUGUUGGGCGUCUCUGCCCUAGUAGGCAUUUAUCAAUAUUAUGCGUCCAGGAAAAAAGCGGACGCCGUGGGAGAGUACCUUGUAGGUGGCCAAAAGAUGUCUGUAUUUCCGAUAAGCAUGUCAUUGAUAGCAAGCUACGUGUCGGGCAUAGCAAUCCUGGGAUUGCCGGCCGAAAUGUAUGUUUACGGAACGCAAUUAUGGUGCAUCGUAAUCGCGGACAGUUUUGUAUCCGUGACGAUGGCAAUCGUGUACCUGCCCGUUUUCUAUAAACUCCGAAUUACGUCGUCUUAUGAGUAUCUAGAAUUAAGAUUCAAUCGAGUAGUCAGGCUUAUGGGAUCUUUUAUCUUCAUCAUCAAGAUGCUGCUUUACAUACCGCUAGUGAUAUACGUGCCGGCGCUAGCCUUCAAUCAGGCGACCGGAAUGAAUCUUUACACGAUCGCGUUGAUGGUCUGUGCUGUGUGCAUCUUCUACACGACGCUGGGUGGCUUGAAGGCUGUCGUUUGGACGGACACUAUUCAGACGGUGCUGAUGUUCGCCGCCGUCAUCGCCGUUGCCGUACUCGGCACCGCCAGGGUCGGUGGCGUGGCGGAAGUGUGGAGAAGGAAUGUCGAUACAGAAAGAAUUGAAUUCUUCAACAUGGAUCUGGAUCCUACGAUAAGGCACACUUUCUGGGGCGUGGUGGUUGGCAAUUAUUUAAAUUGGCUGGCCACAUGUUCGGUGAAUCAAGCGAUGGUGCAGCGAUGCCUGGCGAUGCCGAAUUUGAGGAAGUCCAAUAUGGCAGUUAUCAUAAUGGCCGUAGGUAUAACGAGUAUUGUCUCGUUAUGUUGCUACACAGGAAUAGUCAUCUACGCGGCCUUUCAUGACUGCGAUCCGAUUACAACAAAGCAAAUAAGAAAGCCUGAUCAGCUGUUACCGUAUUUCGUGAUGGAAUUAUCAGAGGCGAUACCAGGCUUACCAGGAUUAUUCGUUUCUGGUGUAUUCAGUGCGGCAUUGAGUACAAUGUCGACCGGAUUGAAUUCCAUGUCAGGCGUAAUCUACGAAGACAUGAUCAAGCCGUGUCUCCGUAAACCGAUUUCCAACGUCGGUGCGAGUCGCAUAAUAAAAGCCACGGUUGUUAUAAUAGGAGCCAUUUGCGUGGGUCUCGUAUUUAUGGUGGAAAAAUUGAGCGGUUUAAUUCAGGCUGGUAAAAGCUUGUCCGGAAUAACUGCCGGGCCCUUACUUGGGAUGUUCACAUUAGGCAUGCUCUUUCCAAUGGCUAACUCUAAGGGAGCGCUCGUCGGUGCGUUGGUUAGUCUGAACUUGGUUGCUUGGAUAUCGUUCGGGACGCAAGCGGCGAUCUCCAACGGAUCGAUUUACUUCCCGGUGAAACCGGUAUCGAUAGACGGAUGCACUGAAUUGUUGAAAAGUACCGCCGGAAAUCUUACGAUGAUCAUCGAAACCGCUGUCAGAGAACAACCUUUCUUUUUGUACAGAAUGUCAUAUCUCUGGUACACGUGGGUAGGUUUCCUAAUUACAAUUUUAGUAGGUCUGCUGGUCUCCUGGUUCACGGGUCCGUCUAAAUAUAGUCGCGCGGACAAGAGAUUAUUUACACCCGUUAUACACUGUUUUUUAAGCUCGAGAAAUUAUCAAAACGAGAAUGAAGCUGAACUCACAAAAAUGACAAACGACGUGAAUAGUAUCACGCAAACCAGUUCAAAAUGUUAUUCGAUAGUUAUCGCAAUGGAUUUGACGGAUAAUCGAGGAACGUUCGACUUGGUCGAUUGGAUCAUAUUCAUCGGCAUGUUGAGCGUCUCUACCCUAAUAGGCAUUUAUCACUAUUAUGCAUCCAGGAAAAAAGUGGACGCCGUGGGAGAGUACCUUGUAGGUGGCCAAAAGAUGUCUGUAUUUCCGAUAAGCAUGUCUUUAAUAGCAAGUUACUUAUCGGGUAUAGCGAUGCUGGGAUUGCCGGCCGAAAUGUACGUUUACGGAACGCAAUUUUGGUGCAUCAUGAUCGCGGACUGUUUUGCAUUCGUGACGAUGGCGAUCGUGUACCUACCGGUUUUCUAUGAACUCAAAAUUACGUCGACUUAUGAGUAUCUAGAAUUAAGAUUCAAUCGAGUGGUCAGGCUUAUGGGAUCUUUUAUAUUCAUCAUCCAUAUGUUGUUUUACAUACCGGUGGUGAUAUACGUGCCGGCGCUAGCCUUCAAUCAAAUGACCGGAAUGGACCUUUAUACGAUCAUGUUGAUGGUCUGCCCCGUGUGCAUUUUCUAUACAACGCUGGGUGGCUUAAAGGCUGUUGUUUGGACGGAUACUAUUCAGGCGGUGUUGAUGUUCGGCGCCAUCAUCGCCGUUGCCGCACUCGGCACCACCAGAGCCGGUGGCGUGGUGGAGGUGUGGAAAAGGAAUGUCGACACAGAGAGAAUUGAAUUCUUCAACAUGGAUUUGGAUCUUACGAUAAGGCACACUUUCUGGGGCGUGGUAGUUGGCUAUUAUUUAAAUUGGCUGGGCACGUGUACGGUGAACCAAGCGACGAUGCAGCGAUGCCUGGCGAUGUCGAACUUGAGGAAGUUCAAUAUGGCAGUUAUCAUAAAUACCGUAGGUAUAACGUGUAUUAUAUCGUUAUGUUGCUACAUAGGAAUAGUCAUCUACGCGGUCUUUUAUGACUGCGAUCCGAUUACAACAAAGCGAACAAGAAAGCGUGAUCAGCUGGUACCGUAUUUCGUGAUGGAGUUAUCAAAGGCCAUACCAGGCUUACCGGGAUUAUUCGUUUCCGGUGUAUUCAGUGCGGCAUUGAGCACAAUGUCGACCGGAUUGAAUUCCAUGUCAGGCGUAAUCUACGAAGACAUGAUCAAGCCGUGUCUCCGUAAACCGAUUUCCAACGUCGGCGCGAGUCGGAUAAUAAAAGCCACGGUUGUUAUAAUAGGAGCCAUUUGCGUGGGUCUCAUAUUUAUGGUGGAAAAAUUGAGCGGUUUAAUUCAGGCUACUAAAAGCUUGUUCGGAAUAACUGCCGGGCCCUUACUUGGGAUAUUCACGUUGGGCAUGUUCUUUCCAAUGGCUAACUCUAAGGGAGUGUUCGUCGGUGCGUUGGUUAGUCUGAGCUUGGUCGCUUGGAUAUCGUUCGGGGCACAAGCGGCGAUCUCUAACGGAUCGAUUUACUUUCCGGUGAAACCGGUAUCAAUAGAUGGAUGCACCGAAUCGUUGAAAAGAACAGUCGGAAACCUCACGACAAUCGUCGAAACCGCUGUCAGAAAACAACCUUUCUUCCUGUACAGAAUGUCAUAUCUUUGGUACGCGUGGGUAGGUUUCCUAAUUACAAUUUUAGUAGGCCUUCUGGUCUCCUGGUUCACUAGUUCGUCUAAAUAUAGUCGCGCGGACAAGAGAUUAUUUACACCCGUUGUACACUGUUUUUUAAGCUCGAGAAAUUGUCAAAAUGAGAAUGAAGCUGAACUUGCAAAAAUGAUAAACGACGUGAAUAGUAUUACGCAAACUUCUUAAAAAUGUCAAUUUCUUCUUUCCUGUUUGCAGUUCAUCUAGACAAAAUGUAUACAAUCGUACAUGUCAAAUUUGUAUUCGUGUAUUUGAUUUAAUCCCGAUAUAUCAUCAAAUUACAUUUAUUAUACAAGCUACGCUUUACAAUCGGGUGACGAUACAAAUGUGUUUUUGUAUAUAUGCAUGUUGUAAUGGUUUAAUGCAAUUUAUAUAUUCUAUAU